GGGCAUUAGACCAACCACUCACUGGGAAAACAAGUGUUGGUGCCAGAGCCUUCUCUGGGUUCCAAGACUGCUUUUUCAGAGACAGGCCGAUGGAUCCGGUUCGGAUUGCGGUCGUGGGGGCAGGCGUGGUGGGGCUCUCCACUGCCGUGUGCAUUUCCAAAUCGGUCCCGCGAUGCUCCAUUACUGUCAUUUCGGACAAGUUCACUCCUGAAACCACAAGUGACGUGGCAGCCGGAAUGCUUAUUCCUCAUGUUUAUCCAGACACACCCAUUCCCACACUGAAGCGGUGGUUUAGAGAGACCUUUGACCACCUGUUUGCAAUUGCCAGUUCUGCAGACGCUGAAGAUGCUGGUGUUCAUCUGGUAUCUGGUUGGCAGGUAUUUCGGAGCAUUCCUACUGAAGAAGUCCCAUUCUGGGCUGAUGUGGUUCUGGGAUUUCGAAAGAUGACCGAAGCUGAACUGAAGAAAUUCCCCCAGCAUGUGUUUGGUCAUGCUUUCACGACUCUGAAAUGUGAAAGCCCCGCCUACCUCCCGUGGUUGGAGAAGAGGUUAAAAAGAAAUGGGGUCCUGAUACUCACCCGACGCAUAGCAGACCUGUGGGAACUUCAUCCAUCCUUCGACAUCGUGGUCAACUGCUCAGGCCUUGGAAGCAGACAGCUUGCACGAGACUCGGAGAUGUUUCCCGUGCGGGGCCAGUUGCUCACCGUUAAGGCUCCCUGGGUGAAGCAUUUUAUCCGAGAUGGGAGCGGGCUGACAUACAUUUAUCCUGGCACAUCCGAUGUAAUCCUGGGUGGAACUAGGCAAGAAGGAGACUGGGAUCUGUCCCCAGAUGCAGAAAUUAGCAGAGACAUUUUUUCCCGGUGUUGUGCUCUUGAGCCCUCCCUCCACGGAGCGAGCUACGUAAGGGAGAAGGUAGGCUUAAGGCCCUUCAGGCCUGCCGGCGUGCGGCUGCAGGUGGAGCUCCUGGCCCAGGACAGCCAGAAGCUGCCCGUGGUCCAUAACUAUGGCCAUGGGAGUGGGGGCAUCUCCGUGCACUGGGGCACUGCUCUGGAGGCGGCCAGGCUGGUGAGUGAGUGUGUCCAAGCCCCCAGGACCCCCACUCCCAAGUCAAACCUGUAGAUGACAUGACAGGACAGCAAACGGCCCCAGACACUGUGGAUCGAAAUACAAUUAAAGCAUCAGAACAGAUUCCAAUAACUUUUCCACCGCACAAAAGGUUAAUGAGAUCUUUGUUUUCAAAAUUGGCAAUGAUGAAAUAGGAAUCAGUAGUCUGGGACCAGUACUAAUCUGUAGAACUAGACUCCCGUCUAGUGCUAAUGACAUUGGGCAUAAAGUUCUAUUUUCAUUUAAAACACUUGUUAUAGAAUAAGAUUUUCUCUCAGACCUGGCAUUCAAAGAUCUGUGCUAAUUUACAUGGAUGCUGGAAGCUGUAGGGAUUUUGACAGUUUUUGGCUAAUAAAUCCACAGGAAGAGAUAAUGUAUGGGAAACACUUAACUCACUGUUGCAAAGCUGCCCGUGACGUUUGCAGGUUGUACUCAGGUGAGCAUUACAGUCCCUCUAGAUAAAAUACACGGUGACCGUGCAACACAGGCUUACUACAUUUAAUGUCAGACAAAGCAUGAUUUCUGAUAGUACCUGAGGCAGCCUCUUCCUUCUGUUGGUCAUGAUGAUUAGAAGAAAGGGAUGAAGUUACCUAUGGACAUGGCUUCAACCCAACAGCUGUCUGGGGUCAGUCACUCAGGGUGGUACUUUCCAUUACCACCAAUGAUGGAGCACCAGCUUGUUGUGCGGUUGACUUUGCCGAAGCAGUUUCUGAAGACUGAAUAGCAGGUGCAGCCAAAGAGCUAAUUAGCUGAUUAGGAUGAAACAAUCGUUCAGAAAGAGUUUUUUGCAGGUUGUUAUAAAAAAAAAAACUACUGGAGAGGAAAGGAAAUGUGUUACGAUAAAACACAUUUGCUAAAGAAAAUCCACCUAGCCUGAUUUCUUGACUCAGACCUUCUCAGGCUUUUUUCUGCUCAGGUGUAUUGUCGUUGCUCAGGAGGGGUUUGGCUUUAGCAAAUGGGAAAGGAGGCGCUCUUCACUAGGGUAAGGAAUCUUUCUAGAAAUACGUGUAACUUUAAUUUUAAUUUUGGCAAGAGAUGGCUUGUGUUUAGUGAUAAUAAGUUCUGGUCUGGACAUCUCAGGGGUGGAGCGGGUGGAGAUACAGGGUUGGCAAUGAGAAUGCGGGAAGGAGAAAGCCCAGCACAGCUCCAUUUGACCAUUUUGUUCAUUGAGCUUUCAUUUGUUCAUUGAGUUUCUCUAAGAGAAUGUUCUGCUGGUAAAAAAGAAAGAGGGAGAUAUGGAGAGAGAGAGAGAAGAGAAUAAGAAAGAGAGAGAACCAGCGUAUUCUCCUUCCAAUCAAGUGUGCUUCUUCCCCCUAGAUUUCCACCAGGGGGUGAUAUUGUAUCAAAUUCAGGUAAAUGGGUAAAUUUGAAAAUUUAGAAAUGACUAGAAAUAAAAAAUGGAGACCAGCCUGUGUGGAGUGAGUAUGUGAUUCGUUUAAGGUUUUGGAGUUUACAUGCCCCAUAUGUAAUUGUUUCUGUUUAAAGUGUUUGAGAGAUGCACAAGCUUAAACAGAGUAACAACAAGCGCGUGCUUAUCACAGUCCGUGAGAAAUAAGAAGUCAUGAUAAACCAGCGUUUUAAACAGAUGCAAUGAAAUGCUUAGUGGUUAAAACAAAAAUGAAGGCUGCUGCUCAAAAUAGG